CGGGAGCGUUAUUUAGUUUCACACGUAAAAAGGGACGCAGGGAAGCGGGGCGGUGAUUUGGGAUAGAGCCCGUAGCUGCCGGUGAAGAUGGCGGCUUUGCGCAGGAUGGUGUCGGUGCUGGUUAGCAGAUCGGCGGCUCGGUUCGGGGAUAAAGCGCGGGUAACGAGCGGCGGGGCAGCGGCGGUGGGAUUCGGGCUCGCGGCCGGUGGAGCAGCGGUGCUGUACCUUAACUACCGGGGAGCGCGCGCCGGAGUACGCAACAACGCGCCCGUGCAUGCGGAGGAGCCGAACCGGCAUUUGGACUUGGAGGACGGAGACGUGUACAUGUCGUCCCAUGAGCACCACUUCAGGCUCUUCAGCUCUCUGGAGUAUGAGGGUCAGCUGUACAUGACGCCUCAGAACUUCAUCGAGUCAGUGACCACGUGCGAGCCGAGGAGUAAGAAAUCUUGGCAGUCUCUCACUAAACAGGAGCUGGAGAAGAUCCUCUCAGAGACGCCUCCAGUGUGGAAAGGAAGUUCUACCCUUUUCCGAAAUCUCAGAGAGAGAGGUAUCAUUUCUUACACAGAGUAUCUCUUCCUGCUUUGUAUCUUGACCAAGCCUCAUGCUGGCUUCAAAAUAGCCUUCAACAUGUUCGACGCCGACGGCAACCAGAUGGUGGACAAGCAAGAAUUUCUGGUGCUGCAGGAAAUCUUCCGGAAGAAGAACGAAAAGAAGGGACGCAAGGGAGAUGCAGAUAAGUCGGCUUUGCUGAGCAUGCAGCUCUACGGAUAUCAUGUCGCCCCAGGCACUAGCGUGUCGAAAAAAGAGAGCCGUGAGGAGUGUGUGGCGCGGAGCUACUGGGACGUGUUGAGACGAAGCGCCAGCCAAGCGCUCUUUUCUGACCUGGCAGAGCGCACGGACGAUGGUAUGACCGUAGACACCACGUUGCUCGUACACUUCUUCGGGAAGAAAGGCAAGGCAGAGCUGACAUUUGAGGACUUCUACAGGUUUAUGGAUAAUCUCCAGACAGAGGUGCUGGAGAUCGAGUUCCUGACCUACUCCAAAGGCAUGAUCACCAUCAGUGAGGAAGAUUUCGCUCGCAUCCUCCUGCGAUACACCAACGUAGAGGACAUUCGCAGCUACCUGGAAAAUGUGCGACAGUCUAUUCCUGAUGAAAAGGGAAUCACCUUCGAAGAGUUCAGGUCUUUCUUUCAGUUCCUCAACAACCUUGAAGACUUCGCUAUCGCUAUGCAGAUGUACAACUUCGCCUGCCGGUCCAUCGGACAAGAUGAGUUUGCGAGGGCGGUGUACGUAGCCACGGGUCUUAAACUCACUCGACACCUAGUCAACACCAUCUUUAAGAUCUUUGACGUGGACCACGAUGACCAGUUGAGCUACAAAGAGUUUAUAGGGAUCAUGAAGGACAGACUGCACCGUGGAGCCAGGGGCUAUAAGCAUGUAGAACACUUCACUUCCUUCAAGUCAUGUCUGAAGAAGGAGCUGGCAGGAAGCAGGUGAGCGGUGGAUCAGUCCUCAGCUGUCUGGAGGAAGGAUCCUUCAUCAUCUUCAGCGUCAUCAUCUUCAUCACGAUCAGAAGUCUUCCGUGGGGCGUCUGUUGAGACGAUUCUGCUUUCUGCAUGUUCUGCAUGACUCUCUUCCCUUCUCUCAGUACUUCCAGCUCUACAAAAGUGAUUAAUGUGCUGCGGUUGUUAUUAAUAACUCCUCUGAGCAGCACAGUGUGAAGUGAUCUCUAUUUAAUACGCACACAAAUCAUGAUCCUUUCUAAACCUCUGUGAUUUCACUGUAUUAUUUUUGUUGUUAAAAUUAAAUUGUGACACUGGUUUUAUUUUCUGAUAAAAAAUAGAUUUUUCUACCUGGACUCAGUUCAGGUUAUUUAUUUACUCCGAAACGUGAAACCAAAGCUAGCAAACUAGCUAAAGCUUAGCUAUGAAUAACAUGCUGAAUUUUGUCCUUGAGUGUCGAUUCUGAUUGGUCAGGAGGUGUAAUAGCGUUUCUAUAGUAACAGGUCAACGACAGUGUCAGGGAUAAUAAUGGUGGUGUUUACUUUAGGAGUCUCCAGUGUCAGGAGGGAGGAAAACUGUAUCUUUUCCGACAUCUUUCUUUGUAAAAUCAAAAAAUCGUAGGCUUUUAUUUAAGACUUGAAAGGAAACGUCUGUUCAUAGCUGCUAUAAUAAGCGAUAAUGUAAACAUUUAACAUUAAAUGUAACUAUAAAUGGAUAAAUAGUAUGAAAUAUUCAUUGAUGAACUAAAUAUUUAAUUGCUAUUGUAUGAAGAGGAAUAAAUCACCCGAUGCUGUGACGUUAAUCGAAAUGAAGCGCACCCUUGUGGUGGGAAGAGGAACUCCGAUGAAUGGAGACUUGUGUUCUUUAUCCAGUCUCUGUUCUAUUCGUUAGAAUUACAGAUGAAGAUACAGUGAACCUAAAGUGCCUAAUUAGAGACAAUGCAAAGAUCGUUGCCAUUCCUGAUUUGUUCAGAUCUAAAUUCUGCAGUUCUCAAAAUAGUAAAUAGUUCAUUAAAUAGUGUGUCUUUAAUCCAAUCGCAUCACACAGCUUUAAGUGCUUUUCAAGAGCUUUAACUCUCAAAGGUGUCAUAGUCUAUGGACCAGUAAGAAACAUGACCUAAACAUGUGGGUUUUUCAGUGAGUAAAAAUCCGAGAACUGCGUGUGACACUGUGAUCUGUUUAAUAAUGACCUUAAAAUAAUCACUGAAUUUCUCCAUUUACUUUCACUUCCAGUUUGUGCUCCAGCUGCAUUUAUCUGACCAGUCGUCCAAACUGCACUCACUAACCUGUAAAGGAAAACACAAAGAAAUGCCUGAACGGUGGAUAUUUCUACUGCAUACUGUUGUGUCUCUUAUACUAAUAAUCAGGCCUUGUAUUUGGAUAUUUAAGAAUGAAGGUGUUGUAUGUUGUAUGAAAUGCAGAAUAAUUAUUUCCCUUGUUGUCAGUUAUUACCGGGAUAUGAAGCUACAGUAUGAAGUCAAUCUGGAUGCAUUUAACUUAUUGCUGUUUAUUGAAAAUACACAACAUCCUCCUUUUGACCCUGCAGCCUGGUUGGGGAUUAUAAUCUAACAAUAGUGUCGAAUAAAAUGUUGGUUAUUUGUAUGUUUUUUCUGUGGGUUUUGCAUCAGAGAAUGGCAAUAAAUCAGUUCCUACACCAGUAACAGCUCUUGUUAAAUUACAGGGACACAGAGUGUGGUUUCUGUGCUGUUUUAUUAACUUUAAGAUGGAAAUAAAGAUAUGUUUGUGUGUG